GGGUAUAAAAAGCCCCAAAUCGUCUCCGCCCAAAAGGAAAAAUUAUUUUCCCCUUUCACCAUAAAUUGAACGUUGAACUCCUCAAAAAUCUUCAAAGCUUCAACUUUUCCAAACAUCAGCGAUCCCUUUCACUCCAAAUUUCAUCGGGCGAAUAAUGGCAACGUUUGAGCUUUACCGGAGGUCAGCGAUCGGGAUGUGUUUGACGGAGACUUUAGACGAGAUGGUUUCAAGCAGUACUUUAAGCCCUGAGCUCGCUAUUCAGGUUCUCGUCCAGUUCGAUAAGUCUAUGACUGAAGCCCUGGAAAGUCAAGUGAAGAGCAAGGUUUCCAUUAAGGGACAUCUGCACACCUAUAGAUUCUGCGACAAUGUUUGGACCUUCAUCUUACAAGAUGCUUUGUUUAAGAACGAGGAUACUCAGGAAAACGUAGGUCGAGUCAAAAUAGUAGCAUGCGACUCAAAGUUGCUCUCACAAUGAAAUGUCAAAUCAGUGUUGCGCCAGAUGAUGGUGGAAGGGGAUGGUUGACUGAAGAUUGGACGACACACACAUAUAUAUAUAUCUAAUAUAUAUAUUGUAAGCCAUCAACCUUUAUGGAUGAAUUAUUCUGUUUUUAAUUUUAUUUUUCUUUCUGAUAAGAUAA